CAUAGAUUUUCUUGUCAGGUAAUCUAAUCGUACUUGACUUAGAACGUUCUUGAGAAUCGUUGAUAAAUACGAAUCUCAUAUAUCUGUAGUAGUCGCAGUUUCUGACAGUAUCUUAUUUUUAGGGUGGAAAUAAUAUUUUUAAUUUUGUUUCGGAUUAUCCAAUAAUAAUAAGGUACUAUGAUAAUCUACACCAAAGUUUUCUCUGGCAACAUUUGAUGUAGCGAAAGUUCAUAGCACGCACGGUCCAUCUCUGAAAUCUUUGUCUCUGAGGAAAAACUAAAAAUAAAUUUACUUUUAUUCGCUCAAAAGUUGCUGAGUCGCCUGUAAUCAAGGAACCAGCUCUGCUCUUUUUAACGCCAACACUUUACGAUCCCAGUUCGGGGGCGAAUUUUGAAAAUGUCUUAACGGCAAAAGGAAGUCAGCCAUUUUGUUUAUGAUCGUCCUUCCAGCGCCAAAUUACACUUUUCCGAAUAGAAACCGAGAGAAAGCCGGGUUGGAAAACUAUCAUACACAGGGUGAAAGGGUGGAGAUAGUUUUGAAUGGCUGCCGAGGGCUCAGAACAGCGAAACUAUCGUUCAAGAUAGUAAAAACUACUACUCAAACACUCACACACAUGCACGUCAAUUUUAUUUCUUUAUUGGUUUCAUAGAUUGAAGCAGUUUCUUUGAAAGGUUUAUAGUGGAUGAGCCAAUCUGAUCUACCAGCUCUACGAGUCCGGAAAACACAUUAAAACUUGUUUAUUUCUAGCCUCAUUCCCUUUUAUACCCCUAAAACUCCUGGUUGGCUUUCUCUCAUAUAUUUCUCUCUUUUUCCCUCCUUCCAUCUCCCCCGUCACGCUCCCUCUCUCAGUGUUCUAUCCCCCUCUCUUAAAAAUAUUUACUUCUAUUUUCUAUGCAUUCUAAUAACUAUGUCUAUCUUUUUUGAGCGUUCUCUACCACUUUCAAAAAAUUAUCUUUUCUACUCCUCCAACAUAUCCCUCUUCCUCAGAUCCAAUCUCCAUCACUCUCAUUUUUCUUCACCUAUCAGUACUUCACAGCUUGUACCUUUUUCUCCUCUCCACUUCAAUUCUCUCCUCAAAUAUAUCCCCUCCCACCCUCAAUUCUACUGUUUCACCAUUACUCCCUCUCACUAACUCUCCUAUCCAUUAUUACUCUCUCCUCUACAGAUACACCAAUCCUCUUCUUUUCUUCUCUUUCACUUACUCCCUCUCUUUUAUCCCCUUUUUACUACCGCCAUUUAUUGCUGUCUUCUUCAGUUUUAUUAUGAGUAAACUUACUUAAUUCAACUGUGACCUUUUUCUCCGUUGCACCGAUAGCCCGUCUUUAUUUUCCGUCUUUCUUUUCUAUUUAUACAGUUCAGUAGCUGACUACUAGAAGAAACAAAUAAAUAUAAAAAUAGGAAAAGCUGAUAGUGAGGGGCGAAAGAGUUGGGAGUACUCAAUGUGAACUGCAAAUAAAAAUAAGAGUAAAUAUUCGAGAGUAAUGUAAAGUAAUAUAGUUUGAGAUAAGUGAGAAAACAUAGGUAUUAACACCGUAGCUUCAUGAAUGAGACUGAAUAAGUUGAAAGAAGAGGUUGAAAAUGUGGAUUCCAAGAUGUAUUUACUCAUCCAGGUAUGAAACAGAAUGUAUCUAUGGAAAACUCAUACUCACUUUUCAAAGUACCUUAUUCUUAACUUCAUAAUUGGAAAUAAACUUGGUAACAAACAAGCUACAAUCUUUAUUCCUAUACUUCCAAACAUAGAUAAACGUCGUUUAGAAAUUCGCUUGAACAUGGAAAAUUUGAAUCGAGACGCACCAAAUAUUCCAGUGCAGGGUGCAUCAAUGAAGAAUACAAAUACAAAUUGGAAUAUACGAAUGCAUGUGAUGCGACUAUUGACAAUCACUUUGUUUCUAUUGGGGCGUGAUAACUUAUUUUUCAAAAGACUGAAACAACAUAAGGCUGAUCUUCCCCUGUGGGAAAGUGUAGAGAUCUGACAGCAUACAGAUCCGAUCCCUGCUAAACAUCUGGCUACCAGACCACUAAGGAAAUGGCAAAAUCUUUCCACCGUUAGUUAAAGAAGAGCUGCAUUCAAAAUGAGACAGGACGUUAAUAUUGAGGAUAGCGAUGACGGCGUGGGAGUGAUCUGGGACCUGUCCUCGAUCAAAGAGGAGGAAUUCGAGAAGCAUGUGGUCUACAUUGUCCCCGACCUCCCCUCGCCACAAGACUGUCCCAACAAGGCUGAGACAUCGCUGCCCAGGAAUCUCGUUCUUAAACCAUCGCAGGCAUUGAGUGAUGUUCUGGGAGUAUGGAGUACAAGUUACAUUCCUAGGGGAACAAGAUUCGGCCCAUUAGUGGGUGAGGUGUAUGCAAAGGAUGCUGUUCCGAAUACUGCCAACAGAAAAUACUUUUGGAGGGUUCAGAUCAAAGAAGAGCCAGGAGUUUGGUCAAAGGUAUAUAAGGAUAACCAGCUGUUCUACUACAUCGAUGGAUAUGACGUGGCCAAGUCCAACUGGAUGCGUUAUGUCAACCCAGCUUAUUCAUCAGAAUCUCAGAAUCUCAUCGCCUGCCAAUAUAAGAUGGAUAUCUACUUCUACACCAUCAGGCCGAUCCUUCCCAACCAAGAACUGCUUGUUUGGUACUGUCGAGAGUUCGCAGAGAGGCUCAACUAUCCUCUCACUGGAGAACUUAUGCUACAGAGGAUAAGACAACAAGUACAACAGGCUGCUAUUCCCGCCCAGCCAACCAACAUCCACGAGAUCCGUGAUAACGAUCUGAUAACAGUAGUCAGCUCGACCACAGCCCACCCCAAGCCAAAGCACUUCCUUCAAUCCAAAAACCGACUUCACAACCAGGAGAGGCUAGUCAACAGAAACAACAACAACAUAGACACAAGGCCCUACAACGAGAGGCUUGCUGCUAUCACUAACAACAAUAAUAACAACAACGUCAACAACAACAACAAUAAAUUGACAAACAAUGUUGUUGAAAAACAACAACAAGCAACGAGGGAAAGGGAAAAUGGAAUAAUUGUGAAAACUAAUAAUAAAGAUCUCAAAACUAACAACAAUACUGAAGAAGUAGUGAAAACCGAUCAGAAUAAUUAUGAGAGGGUAAUUAAAACGAAACCUAACGAUGGUAAAGUUUCUCCACAUGUGGAACAAACCAUUGAAAGGGUUGUGAAUAGGGUGAUUGUUGAGGAGCCCAAGUUUGAAGCUCAAAAACAGCAACAAGGUUUGUUGCCCACAGAUUUGGUCAAGUUCAAGAAUAAUUGUUAUGUGAGCCAACAGCAUGAGAACCCAAUCACCAACAGGGUACAGGUGUUGGAGAAGGAGUUUGCAAAUCGAUCUCAAAAUGAAGCUAAUAAAGUUGAGGAAGCGGAUGUGGCGAGGAAAGAGCAAGUGGUUGAGAAAGAAGUGGUGAAGAGUGUGGUGAGGUUCGAGGAUGAGCAGCACAGGCCGAUGGAGGUGGAGCAGAAUGAGGGUGAGAGCAAGAGUGAGACUGAAGGAGUUGUGGUGCAGGAGGAGGUUGUGGCAAAGGAACAUGUUGCAGUGAAGGAGCAUGCAGUGGUCCAGCACCAGCACAUGGAUGUGGCCAAGGAGCAUGCUGGCGCUGGUGGCUAUGAGCAUGCAGGUGGUAUGACAGGGGAUGGCUCGGUGCGCUCUGAUGAAGGCUACCACAGCAACGGCUAUCAUGAUGAGGUGCUCACUCCACCCGAGGAUUCCAGUGAUUCCGAUGACAGCGACAACAACUACGUACUCGAUUUCAGCAAGAAGCAAGCCAAGGAAGUGGUGGAGCCUAUGAAGGAUGAGACACCAGUCACCUCACCCCCUCCCCAGCACUCUCCCUCUGGACAGAGUCCCGAUCACAACGAGUACAGGAAGGUGAAGAUAAAGAUGACCAAGGCUUCGCUCUACAGCCACUACAAUACUGCCAAGGGCGAUGAGUACCCUGCAAAAGAGGUGGUAGUAGUCAGUCCUUCUCAGUCACCGCCUCAUGCACUCGUCAUCAUUGACUCACCACUUCCAGAGUCAACAAGUGAGCCCGGUUACAGGGAAGAUGAUGAUGUAACAUCUCCACAACCACCUGCCAAGAAGGUGCAUUUUGACAUUGGGAGGCCUGCUGCUGAUUCUACACCUCCUUUGGAGGACAUACAUCAUCUACAUCCACAAAUCCAACCACCAAAAACUUCUUCAUCGAUCUUGGAGAAUAUACUUCUGCAGAAUAAAACAAGUAGUGAGAAGGUUGUGGUGAUAUCCAGGCGAAACUCUGCAACACCUCCACCAAGUUCUCCCACUGAGGUUGCUUAUUCUUAUAAGAAGUCUCAAAGGUACGGCAACGUCCCAGUCAGUCCUGAUUCAACUGCUAGUCAUCCGCAGAAUAUCAACAACAACAACAACAACCAUCUCAGCAUUCCGUCCAUUGCUACGGGAAAUGUGAACACAAAUCAUCUGAGGCGAUCUCCCUACUCAUCCCCACCUUUGUAUCAUAUCCCUGAGAUGGGAUACCCUCCAAUACAUCCCACCCAACCCUACUACCAACCGUACCCCACAGCAGGGCUGCCACCACCACAGCCCCAGAACAACUCCUACUCACCCCCUUCAUCUUCAGGCUUGCAUUUCUCCUCUCCAUCCCAAAUGUCCCUGGGUGGAGCUCCUUUGCACCAUCUCCUUCAACCCCUUCCACCCCUUUCGGCCCCCUCCCGUCAAACCCUCUCCCCUCCCGGAUCUCUGUCACCUGACGAUGGCUCCUUUGGAAGUCCUCUCAGCCCCAACAGUCAAGCAUCAAGGGGGUAUCGUUCCCUUCCCUAUCCGUUGAAGAAGAAGGAUGGAAAGAUGCACUACGAAUGCAACGUGUGCUACAAGACAUUCGGCCAGCUGUCCAACCUGAAGGUGCACCUGAGGACGCACUCGGGCGAGCGGCCCUUCAAAUGCAACGUCUGCACAAAGAGCUUCACUCAACUGGCUCACUUGCAGAAGCAUCAUCUUGUUCACACCGGCGAGAAACCACACCAAUGCGAUAUCUGCAAGAAGAGGUUCAGCUCGACAUCCAACCUGAAGACGCAUCUGCGUCUGCAUUCGGGCCAGAAGCCAUACGCCUGUGACCUCUGUCCGGCCAAGUUCACGCAGUUCGUGCACCUCAAACUGCACAAGCGACUGCACACCAACGAGAGGCCCUACACCUGUCAGGGAUGCAGCAAGAAGUACAUCAGCGCCAGUGGCCUCAGGACUCACUGGAAAACAACAAACUGCCGACCAAACAACAUGGAUGAAGAGCUAGCACUGGCAGCCGCUGCUGGCUCCCCUCCUGGCUACUACGAUUAUGUCAACUCUGAUAUUAAUAUGGGUAGUAUAGAUCCGAAAGACAUGCAAGAACAUGAGUUGCAUGAGCAAUAUGAGAUGCAGUCACAUCAUCAGCUGCAGCAGCCAAACGGGCAAGUGACAUCCGAACCACAGAGGCCAUCGGUCAUCGAGAGCUCCCAGCCACAUAUCAUUGAAUGCACUUGAAUUAUCUCCCAAGUACCCUACUUAAGUUGUCAAGCAUGUCCGCCGUGCUAUAGCAAACGCUUUUUUGACUGAUCACUACCUAUUCAAAGAUUUUCAUCCUAUUCUGGAAAAUAGUAUAAUUUUCUAAUCAUCAGGGGAAUUUUUCAUUUUUUCAAUUUUAGAAUAGUUUUACCAAUCACUGAUUAUUCAAAUCUCAAUUUCUAUUACUAUUUCGAAUGUUGCAAAUGUUUUGAAAAUAUGCCUCACAAGACACAGAUGAGGUUGAAUAGGAAUCCAAGACUCUUAUUGUUCCAUAAUUAAUGUCAUUACUACUAAUUAUCACAAUUAUUUUCUUUGAGAUAUUGAAACUCGUUCCAUAUUUGCCCUCCAAUUUUAUAAUAUUUAUCUGUCCAAUUUCAUGAACUCGGCGUUGUUUCAGCAUUUUAUAUUAUAAUCAUUAUUUUUAUAAGGGCAUAACAUAUUUUAAUUCAUUCAUAUUUUAUAUUUAAAUUCUCACACUAAUAUUUUAUGGAAUAGGAUUCCUCAGCUGUGAAACUAUUUACCUAUUACGAUUUGUUUAGGAUGUUUUUUCCCAAGUGGAAGUCAUAAAAAGAAAGACAGAAUUUGAAUAUCAUAUACAUAUAAUUUAAAGUGGUUCCAAGAUUUUCAAUAAUAGAAUCUUCCAGUUGUGGAAUUAUCUAUUAUGAUUCAUUGAUGAAGUCUUCAGAAGGAAGACAAAAUAAUUCAGGAGUUCUUGGAUAAAGUUCUUUCAAGACUUUUAAUAAUAUAAAUUAAGAUAUAAAAUUUAAAUAACAAAAUUAAGAUAUAAAAUUUGGUACCUAGUAUAGUUUGUCAGAGGGCUCGUUAACUGAAUCCUCAUAUUAUAUGAAAUGAGAUUCAAAAUUUGAUAGUAUAAUUUUAGAUAUUCCCAAGUAGGAGCUAGUAGAUAGCCUUCUUAAAUUAGUAGUUCAUACAGCUAGAGCUAGAGUGACACUUUGUCAAGUGACUUGGGAUCUAUUACAGAGAACAUUCUAUCGAAAUUAAUAUACGACAAUGGUAGGCUACUGUCCCUACAGUUCAAAUUUCAAAAAUAGUUUUCAUGGAAUUAGUAUCUUGAACCUCUCUAAAUGAUGUAAAGAAUUGAUAGUUUCCAAGUCCAAUACUAAACAAAAGUCUUGCUCCAGCCCUAGCUUGACGGGUAGAUAAUUCGAAUAGAGAUAAUCUAUUUUCGAAAAGGAAAAAUUCCCAAUAUAAUAAACUUCCCCAGUUAUUGAAAUGAGAAGAUUUUUUUUCUUCAUCUCUUUGUGAAUGAACCAAAAUUUAAUUUAUUAAUGGUUUCAGUUAGAUUAUUAGGUAUUAAGGUGGUGGGUCUCCACAUUAAAAAUAGAUUUUUUAUAACUUCUUUGACAAAUUCUUCAAUCCAGCGAGUAUUAUUGUAUUUCAUAUUCUUGUUUCUAUCCGGGAAUAUCGGAGAAGCUGAAAUUCAAUAACUUGAUAGAAUGAUGACAUUGACGGCUUUCUUAUAUGAUUAACUUGUUUGUUACUUAAUAAUUUUUUCUAUCUUUGGAACUAGUGUAUGUUUUAAAGCGUUUGCUAUAAUCCCUGUAGUAUUUGUAAUAGAUGUGUUUGUAAAAUAUUUGUAAAUUCUAUUAUAAUUUAAAUGCGAAGAGAGUGAAGACUAGACUUUUAUUGAUAAAAGAGUAAUAAUAAUAUAUUAUAAUCAGUUGCAAAAACAACUAGAAACUACAAUGAGAGUUGAAAAGUAAAUAAUGGUGUUGUAAGCUGAGAUUGCAAUGACAUGAUUCUGUGAUAAGCCAACAAGAUUAUUAUAUUAUUUUAUUUAUUUCGUUCAAAGUUUAUUCAAUUGAUAUAGUUAUUUAUACUUUAUGCUCAAUAAGUUCGAUUUUAUCGUUUUUACAGUGUAAUUGAUUCUGAUUUGUUUUUAAGCUAUUGCUGUUUCUCGUCAACGCAUUGUUUAAUACUGUUUAUUUUUGUUUUGUAAACUUUUUGUACCUGUGUUUGAAUAUUUCUUAGAUGUAAUAUUGACAUAUUGUAAUUUAUACUAUUGUAAAUUUAUAUUGUAAAGUACCUACUAUUUAUUGAUGUGUAACUUCAACUAUGAAUUAUUCUAUUAUCGUCCUUGAGAGGGAUUGACGUGCUAGAUGAUUGUACUUAAAAAUAGAUGCUGAAGGAAAAGUUUGUAUAGGAUUGUACAGAGAGAUUGCAAGUAUUUUUCUAUAAUUCCUCUUCUAUUAUAGAUAAACAUUUAUUGUAUCAUAAAUUUAUCGUUUACUAGACUCAUUCAUCUCACAAAAUUUGAGUAGAAUGUGAAAAUGAUUCAAAUGUAUUCAGUGAUCCAAUAUUCAGAUAUUGAUUGUUAUUUUCAUCGCCAAAGCUAUUCUGUAUGCAUGUUAUAUUUUUAGAAAAACAUUACCUGUUUGAUAAUAUUUUUAAAUAAUUAAUAUUUUAUUUUCAUGCCUCAUCAACACAUCAUGUAGUAGACAAGGCUCUAAGACUGCCAACAAGACUUCAUUGCACUAUCCAUUUUAUUUUAGCAUGAAGUUUCAAAAAUUUUACUAAAAACUAGGACUUUUCGCUUGAGUCGAUAAAUUAGUGUUUAUUGCUGUGCACUUUACGGAUAUCUGCUAAUAGGUGAAAGAUCAAUAUUAGUUUAGGCUUCUCUGUUAGUGUAGAUUGAUGUCGUAUUGAAAAAUGGAUGUUGAAAUCUGUUGUCGACGUUUCAAAUUCAUGUCCUUCCAAAUUAGAAUAUUUUAAAGAGCUACUAUCGGUGUUUCAGAGUAAAUAGCUACAAACAUGUCCAAAUAACAACCCCUUGAAAAUAUGAACACUUUUUGUUAAUUUAUUUUUUAAUGCAUCAAAUUAAAUGGGGGUUGAAGUAGAUUCCAAUAUUCGUGAACAAACAACAUAAAAUAAUAUAACAUUUCCAGCAGUCAUAACCUAUUUAAUAUCAGUGUAUAUUUAGAUCGAUUUAUAAAAUUACAAGUCACAUCAACAUACUAAAACACGCAGACUUGAGAAUAAUAAAAAUAGGCACAACUUUUGCUAAGUCUUGCUCAAGACCAGUUUAUAUUUGCUCAUUGUAAUUUUAAUAUGACGUCUAUAAAUUAUUUAGAUGUUCAUUAAAUUUACCUAAACAAUUUUAUAACGGGGUAAGUUUUUAGAACCUACCAAAAAAAACAUAAUCUUUACAAGUAAUCAGAUGAAACUUUUCACAUUCAUAAGAAAAAACAAUAGGUCUUGCUUGGAUAGAGUUUCUAUUAAGGUAGAGUAUUUUUCAUAGAUGUAAAAUUCAAAACUUUACUUUAUGAAUCAUGAAGCAAACCUUGUUGCCAAGAUAUUCAAAUUCGACAGCUUCUUCAUAAAAUAAAUUAAAAACUAUCAAUUAUCAUGUAAAACAAAAACAGUUGCUGAAGAUAAGUAACUUGUAUGGUGCCUACCGUACUGAAUUUAUUCAUUAUCGUUAUCGAAUAAUUCAUUCCAGGAAAAGACAAAAAUCUAUUAUUGUUUAAAAAAAAUAGAAACUACGGUAUUGAAAUCAUGUCUAAUGAAUUAUAUGAGAAUAUUUAAAUGGAUCAGUGAUCUAUAGUUUCUUCAAUAUAAUAAUAUAACACUGCCAAAGUAUUGCCUGAGAGUUUAUGGCAGGAGAUUGAAUUUGAAUACAGUGAUUAGUUUCAUAUUGAACCAGAGAUGUAUUAAUAAUUGAAAAGAUUUUUCAGUUUUUAUAGAAGUCAAAAUACUUUUGAAUUCCACAUGAUCUUCCUGAAUUAUUUCAUCAUAUUCAAAUGUUGAAAGUUUAAAAAAUGUCCGGUUCAAUAUAAUAUUAUAGCAAAACUGUAGAAUAGAGUGCCCUAUUCUAUGGAUUUGAUUGAAAAAGUAUAAUGCUUUCCAGUCAACCAAUCUAGUAAUAAUCAGCCUAUAUAAAAGUUGCAUUUGAUUUUCCAUAAUUAUUAUUUUUCACAAAGCUGUAAAAAAGGAAUGCGAUAGAUGUUGGAAGCACUUAACAACUCCAUAGAAUAAAAUAUAAUUCUCUCAGAAGAGGAUUCCAAUUUCAAAUUUAUCAAUGUAUCAAAAUAACUACCUAAUGUAUAAUAGCCUACUAAAGUAUUUUCAUCAUUCAUGUAAGCACUCCUUCGAAGUUUCCAUUAUGCAGUUAAUACUACACUUUUCAUUACAAAAUAAAAAUUAUAGUGAAAACAUGUUUGUGAGUUCACAUGCUGCCUAUUUUUAUAAACAGAAAACGUUUUUCUAUAAUUGUUCAAAAAUAUUUAGUAUUCCAUGUAAUAACAAAAACUGCAGAAUUACAUAGAAUAUUGUUGAAAUGUAGAAGAUAAUUUAUACACAGAUUUACUGUAAAUUUGAUUUACAUCUCUUUGCGUACACGAAGGCAAUUAUUAAUGUGAGCUAUGUCACUAUCAGGCAUAUCGAGUUAUAAACUCUGUUCACAUCAGUAAAAUCGCACUUCAAUAAAAUUAUUAUUAAAAACUUUUCAAAAAUAGUUUUCUCAAAUGUAUAAAUGAUACAUAGGCAUAAUGUGAUUUAAAAUCUCAAUCCAUUUUCUGGAAUCUUUUAUAAUUAUUAGUAAGAACUUGAUUCAAAAUCGAAAAAUGAACAAAUUUGUAAAUUAAUGUUAUAUUUUAUUUUUCUCCUAUUGGUUCUAAACAAUUGCAUCCAUUUUCUAUCAAAAAAAUGAGAUCUUAUUAUACAUUGUAAAUUAGAGUUAUGUAAAUGUUGAAUAUAAUGUGCAUAGAAAAUUUUAGGCAUAAUGUUGUACUUCGAGUCCUGAUUCAGUAAUGAACUAAUUAUUUUUGAACAUAGCUUCUGUAAAGUGGAUAGGAAGAACAUUUAAAAUGGCGAUAUCCAAACAAAGGGUGGCACAGAUAAUUCGAAAGGCAUAGUAAAUAGAAUAUUUAUGUUUUAUUCUAUAAGGGACAAUUUAUUUGUGUGAAAUGUUUCCAUGACUGAACGCCAUAAUUAUAAUUUUUAUAAUUAUAAUGUUUGGAAACAAUAAAAAACUUCAUUGUAAA